AUGGGGGUGGACAAGGUGGUAUUGGGGGCAAAGGGGGUAUACUUGGUGAGAUUUGCUACAAUGGAGAAGAGAGAUGUUGUGCUGAAACUUAAUCGACCCUUUUUUGAUAGUAAACCCGUUGUACUGAAGCCUUGGACUCAGGACAUGGAUUUCACAAAGGAGGAUUUGAGAUCUAUCCCUAUUUGGGUGAAACUGCACAGGUUGGGAUUCAUGUAUUGGGGGGAGAGAAGUUUGAGCAAAAUAGUGGGGAAGCUUGGGGUGCUGAAGAGGGUAGAUAAUGCAACUGCAAAGAGAUAUAAGUUGCAGUUUGCUAGGGUGCAGGUGGAGGUGUUAGUAGAACAAGAAUUUCCAGAGGUGCUUAGGUUUGUAAAUGAGAAGGGGGUGAUGGUGGAGAUUGAUGUGGAGUAUGAAUGGAAACCACUGGUGUGUACUGUCUGUAAGACUAUGGGGCAUGAUGCCACAAAAUGCAGGAAGGGUGGUAGUAGAAGGGUUUGGGUUCCUAGACAACAGGUUGCACCUUUUAUCAGUAAUGUUAUGGUGCCUAAGAAUGGUGGAUUUCAAACUGUGUUGCACUCUAGCAGGAGGAGAGAUCAGAGACCUCCAAGUAUUCCUAUUGUGAACCAUUUCCCGGUGCUGGACACUGAUGAUACCACAGUGGAGGAUGAUGCCACAGUGGAGGAUGCUGGGGGUGAGGAUCAACUUGCGGGAUGUGAAGUAGGGGGAGGGGAGAAUUUGCAGAACAUUGUUUCUAGGAGAGGGGACUCUCCUGGUCACAAUGGAUAG